UUAAAUAAUAAGUUAAACGUUCCCAAAGAUACACAUAUCCUUGUCAACUACAAACAUAGCACGAAAAUAAGAUAUAUGUAUAGGAUCUACAAAAUCAAAACUUUAUUAUAACUUUUGCGCACUAUAUAUUCAUCUUCCAACACAACCACAAUUCCACAUCCAACUCUAUCCUCAUCUCCCACAACAAUAUUACAUACAUUCUCUAUUUUCUUUUGCAAGAACAAAAAUAUUAAACAUGUUUCCUUCAACUUCUUUUUCUACUAUUCCUCAAGAAAUCAUAACCAAUCUUCAUUAUUCUAGAAGAUUACUACUCCACUCUUCACCACCAACAAUUGAAGCACCAACACCAACCUACCAAGUCCUAGACCCGAACUCAGGCCAUGGCAACACCGGCUUUGAUGCUAACAUAGUCAUGAUCCUUGCGGUAUUGGUAUGCGCGUUGAUAUGCUCUUUAUGCAUAAAUACCGUGAUAAGGUGUGUGAUCAAGUGCUCAAGUAUUAUUACUGGCGAGCCUAAUUAUUACUUGAACAUAAUUAGUCAUGAUCAAAAGAAGAAAAAAUGUAACGGUUUAGACAAAAGGGCAUUAAAGACAUUUCCAGUGGUGAAGUACCCAAAGGAGGUGGAAAUUCAAGGGUUAGGCACUGAGUGUGUGAUAUGUUUGUCAGAGUUUAAGGGUGGUGAAAAAGUUAGGAUAUUACCAAAAUGCCAUCAUGGUUUUCAUGUUAAGUGUAUUGAUAAAUGGCUUGGUUCAAACUCUUCUUGCCCUACUUGUAGGCAAUCUUUAGUUGAAACUUGUAACAAGAUUAUUGGUUGUGGUAAUGAUCAUCAUCAAAGUACCUCUACGUCGGAAUCAUCAUCGUUGUCAACAACAACGACGACGACAACAACAACAACAAGUGACAUGGUUGUAGUGAGUAUUGUGCCACUUGAAAGGGAAGAUUUGGUAAGAAAUUACAGAAGUGAAGUUGCUCAAAGCUAGCCAAAUUCUAGCUUAGUAGUAUAUUGUAGGUUUUUCUUAAUUUAAAGAUUAGAGUAAAAAAAUUACGGAAAUUUUAGCAAUUAUAAGAUUAAUUGGUUUAGUUGUGCACAACUGCACAUGAUAGAUAUUACAUACAAGUUAUUACGAGCGGUUCCUAAUUGUUCAUCUUGCAAGUGUAUAAACAAAAGAGCAAUAAUUAACAAUUCCCUGCUUUGGCCAUUUAUUAA